UGUCUGAACGCGUCCGCCGGAUCGUGACGGCAUAUAAAAGGAACUGGGUCGCGGCAGGACAUCACUCAUCGCACAGACGCCCCCGUCUACGCACCUCCCGACUCCCAGUAUGAAGGUCCUGCUGCUCGCUCUCCUGGGUCUGGUCACCGUGGCCGCCGCCAUGCCCUCCGACAUCAUCGACUUCGAGGAGGACCAUAUGGAGCACGAGCAGGAGGGCGUGCCAGGAACGGCCGUGGAGGGCGAGUACUCGUGGGUAGCGCCCGACGGGAACGAGUACCACGUCAAGUACGUCGCCGACCGCUUCGGUUACCGAGUCGUCGACGACAACGUUGUGCCCAGAAUGCGCAGCGACGCUCCCGAAGCCGAUGACGAUGACGAUAACUAAGAGGUCUUCCGUCUUUCCCUUUCUGGUCCUUCGCUUUGGACACUUCGACUUCUCACUUCAUAAUCUGGUAUCUGCUUUUCCGUAGAUAUAUAUAAAAAACAGCAACAUAUGUAUCCAUCAUCAGAGAAUAUAUAUAUCUUGAUACAAAA